CAUCUUCACUGUGGGCAACGGCACUUGGUCGUCGUCGUUCCCGCCCGCCUCCGCCUGCACCCGGGCUCUGAGUCAGCCCGGGUAGACUCGUCCCCUACUCCCUUGGGGGCCCACCUUGACGCUGGCUUGUCCCCGCCGGCGUUGGGGAUCGCCCUGGGCGGGCCAUGAGUAACCGGAAGUGGGAGCUAAGAGUGUAGCCGCCUCUGGCGCCGAGGGCCGAGGCGCGCUGGAGGCCAAUGCGAGGCACGCAUGGAGAAUGCCCGGCGUCAAGCUGCCCAGCAACAGCUAGCCCGGGCCCAGAGGCUCUGCCGGGCGGGAAAUUGCUCAACCUCCUGCUCUCCGGCGGCGCGGGAGUAUGACGCCUGACCAGCAGCCUGCUGCGGGCUAGGCGCGCGGUGAGCCGGCCUGCCCUGCACACGGGCGGAUCCCUGGAGCACCGAACUUGUCCUCUAGCAGUUUAGUGGCCUCUCCCUGCAGCCUGCCGUUUUUAGUGGCAUCAUGGUCUUCUGCCUGAAAAACGAGGUGCCACACCGCCCACCGCGAAACGCCAUGGCCUACUUCCAGGCCUCAGAAGUUCAGCAACUGCUGCAUAACAAGUUUGUGGUCAUCUUGGGGGACUCCAUCCAGAGAGCUGUGUAUAAAGAUCUGGUGCUUCUCCUCCAGAAAAACUCGCUGCUUACAGCUGCCCAGUUGAAAACCAAGGGGGAGCUGAGCUUUGAACAGGACCGACUGGUGGCUGGGGGCCAGCUGGGUGAGCUGCACAACGGGACACAGUACCGAGAGGUCCGCCAGUUCUGCUCCAGUUCUGGCCACCACCUUGUGCGCUUCUAUUUCCUCACUCGUGUCUACUCGGAGUAUCUUGAGGACAUCCUGGAAGAGCUGACGUAUGGACCUGCCCCAGACCUAGUGAUCGUCAACUCCUGCCUCUGGGAUCUUUCCAGGUAUGGCCGCUACUCGAUGGAGACCUACCGAGAGAACCUAGAACGAGUAUUUGUGCGCAUGGACCAGGUGUUACCAGACUCUUGCCUACUGGUGUGGAACAUGGCAAUGCCCCUGGGAAAACGUGUCACUGGGGGUUUUCUCCUGCCAGAGCUGCAGCCCCUGGCAGGCUCUCUGCAGCAGGACGUGGUUGAAGGGAACUUCUACAGUGCUACACUGGCUGGGGACCACUACUUUGAUGUCCUAGAUCUCCACUUCCAUUUCCGGCAUGCAGUACAUCACCGUCAUCGAGAUGGUGUCCAUUGGGACCAGCAUGCACAUCGCCACCUCUCACAGCUGCUCCUGGCCCAUGUGGCUGAUGCCUGGGGUGUAGAGCUGCCCAAGCAUGAUUAUCUCCCUGACCCGUGGAUUAAGGACUGGCCAGAGCUGGAGCAUCCAUUCCAGGGAAGCUGUAGGCAGCCCCCAGACUUCAGGGAGCAGCUGACCUUGCCUCCACCCUCCCCUUGGCCUCUUCCUAUGUCUCUUCCCUACCCACUUCCUCAACCCCAACCACCUCCUUUGUUCCCACCCCUGCCCCAGGAUGCCCCUUUUUUCCCAGUUCAUUCCUUCCUACCCCAUGAAUUCUUCAAUUGUAAAGCAAUGGAGGACUUCUCAAUGCCACCCAACUUAGGAUAUGACCUUGGAGUGAACUUUGUGCCUGGCCCUCUGCCACCUUCAGUCCUUGGCCCUGCCUCCAGUGGUCAGCACCAGGGCUCAGUGAUCCACCGGGGCAUGCCACGCUGUGUUUCCAGCAGCCCCUACCAUGUACCAAGGAUGGGAAAACCCAGUAGGCAGCGGCUCAGACACUCAGACAGACUGAUCCACACAUACAAACUGGCUAGACGGGGACAUGCCCAUUCAGGGACAUGGCCUGGGUAGACUGGAUCUUGGGCUGGAGCUUGAGGUGCCAAUAGCCCUGCAAGGCCUGUUUGGCACCCUAGGGUACUGGACUAGGGUGUUCUUGUCCAAUGCUGUCAUUAAUAAAGGCAUGGAAGGACAGAG